AUUUAAUGGGUGCAGGCAGUCAUCAUAGGACCAAACAAAACGCUUCACCAGAUGUGAUUAAGGCAUGCAUUUGGAGGAACUGUGCAUAGUUUCAUUGCCCUAUCUUUGUAGAUGAUUGCAUGCAUUUGUGGAACAGUCAAGUUAAUUCUGCUGAGCUGUUGGCUUUUUCAAGAGAUUGCAAAUUCCUUCUUAAGUGGACUCCCCAAGAAGGAAAUGUUCCAAAACUCUACACAGGAUAAUGACUGGGAAGGGAGUACAGUUAUACACACCGGAGUGGUCCUGAUGACAGAGCCAAGUUCCACGCCCACUCAUAUUGUUGAUGCAGCAAACACAAGCAUGACAAACACACGGGAUGAAAUUGCUAGAAAUGAUUAUGUUUUGCUAAUUGGGUCCUGCGUUAUUGAGCCCAUCACAAUUUUGGGACUUCUUGGCAACAGCUCUAUUUUCUGGUUUCUCUGCUGCAGAAUCAAAAGGACUAAAUAUACAGUAUACGUUCUGAACUUGUCCAUUGCUGAUUUCAUUGUACUCGUCUGCCACAAUUAUUUUUUUAUUUCUCAGUUCGUUGCGUGGGGAAGAGAAACGAUGGAGGCAUACCUAUAUGAAGUGCUUGAUAUACUGGCCAUCUUUGGUUACAAUUCUAGUUUUUUCCUAUUGACAGCCAUUAGUGUUGAGAGGUGUCUUGGUGCUUUUUACCCACUCUGGUACCAUUUUAAUCGAUCGAAAUAUCUCUCAGCUGUCUUGUGUGCAAUUCUGUGGGUUCUCUCCUGUGCAGCAACUGCAGUGGAAUAUCUCACCACCUGGACAGCACAGUUUCUUGAUGAAGUACCUUGCAGAAAGCAUACUGCUGCCUGUGUGUUCCUUACCACCACUUGGCUGAUAUUUAUCCCCGUCAUGGUCUUUUGCAGUGUGAGCCUGUUUAUCAAAUUACAGAGAAAUUUACAGCCACGGUCCUCAGCACGUCUUUACAUUUCCAUUGUCAUCACUGUUGUUCUGUUCCUCAUCUUGACUGUUCCCGCUCGGCUCUUAUAUCUGAUAGUCUACUGGUACCCGAUAACACAAUUAGAAUGGACUCUCUUGCAUUUUUCUUUCUUCCUCCAUACAAUCAACACCAGCCUCAAUCCUUUUGUUUACUUUCUUGUUGGAAGGCAGAAACAGAAAAGACCUCGCCAAUCGCUCUAUGGAGUGCUUUAUGCAUCCUGCAAAGAUGAGCCUGAGAUUCUGCCACAAGAAGAACACCCGGGGGCUGUGAGGGAGCCCUGUAGACCCCUAGUCCCAGUAAAACCAGUGUCCCAGGUGCGCAUCUGA